GCUACGCCCCUCUUUCAAAAUGGAGUUGUCGGAGUCCGUACAGAGAGGACUACAGUCUCUCGCCGAGCCGUCCACGGUAGACCACGUCGGCUUCCCGGUGCUGGUGGACGUCUCCUUCCGCUCUCUGCUCUCCUCCAGCAGGGACUCGACGGUACUGGAUGAGCCCGAACUGAAGCAAGUCGACCCGGUCCUGCUGAAAAGCAUACACGCCGCAGUCGUCACCUUCAUCCUGGAGGCGGUCAGGCAAAACGCAGACAAAUCCACCAUCAGUUCCAGUCUGGAGGAGCUGUCAUUCAGUGCAGACAGAAUAGACGUCUUCUACAAUUGCUAUCAGAAGCACAGAAAGGACUUGGAAGGUUUGUUAGCAAGCAUUGGAAGACAACCAGCUCACAUUACUGAUGUUUCAUGGCGCCUGCAGUAUCACAUAAAGAACUCACUCCUGGAUAAGGUCAAUGAGCCGUUCUACUUAAUAUCACUGAAUACUGAGAAUAAAGGUGGUCCAGAGGAUGUCACCUUCACCUGCACCAUGGAGCAGUUACAGGACAUGGUUGGGAAGCUGAAAGAUGCGGCAAAGAGUGCAGAGAAAGCCAGUCAGAUGUGAUGUUGUGUUUGUGUGUUUUUUGUCAUGAAUGUCGGUAUUUGAAAUAAAAAUGGAAACAUGG